AUUGACACCAAAAAUCUCAAUUUUUCUGUUUCUUUCGACUCCCUCGCGUAGAGAGGUGCUACUAUUGCAUAUAAUGGCGUUUUUUCAGGACUCGUAAUCAAGCGUAUUGUGCGCUAUCGUAAAGCAACAUGUUGCACGGAUGGCUGACAAGAUUGGCGAAAAAUUCCCUUUUUGGGACGUAUAAAGAGGAUUUGCUGAAUUAGUGAGCAAGUCCUCCUUUCUUCUACCAUGUUGAUCAAGAUCCUCGCUGGCGCAUUCUUAUUUGCGCUUCAGCAACAGAAUGUCGCCGCUGAAACUGAUGCUUCUGUAUACAUUCCUAACAUCGAGGGCAAGGUAGUCACUUUGGGCAGCGCCAACUUCACACAACAAGUGGAAGAUUCACCAGACAGGGCAUGGUUCAUUAAGUUCUACGCGCCAUGGUGUACGCACUGCAAAACUUUGGCACCUGUUUGGGUGGAUCUUGCCAAGACACUGAAGGGAAAGGCUAAUAUUGCAGAAGUCGAUUGUACCCUUGACGAACCACUUUGCAGAUCAUAUGGAGUAAGCGGAUUCCCAACGUUGAAAUAUGUUGCGAAGGAUACCUCAGUUGAAUAUCGUGGCACUCGUGAUCACGACAGUCUUUUGGCUUUUGUCGACAAAGCCUCAAAGUCGCCUGUCACCCAUGUGAGCGAUUCUGAGUUGGCUGCUAAACUCGAUAGUGAUGAAGUCUCGCUCGUCUACAUCUACGAUAGCAAGGCAGACCACAUUGAUACCAUCGAUAGUGUUGGUCAAGCAUUCAUAAAUGACUUGGCUACGUAUGCCACUUCGGACCCUAAAGCUUUGGCUCGAUUUGGAUUACAAAAGGAAAAUCUUCCAAAAGUUGUAUUGUGGAAGGGUGACAAGGCCAUGAUAUACCCUGGCAGUGACUUUUCAAACGUUCCUGAAACCCGUGCUACCCUUCGAAACUGGGUAAACGAUCGCAAAUACCCGCUUUUCUUUGAGCUUGGUCCUGGUAACUCUAACGACGUUCUUCGCGGCAAUAAGCUGGUGGUCUUGGCGUUCUUUAUGCCUAGCCGAGAACUGGACGAGCAAAAAGCACUGUUGAAGAAUAUAGCUGAGAGCUAUGCAAAGAAUGUUGGCGAUGAAGGAAAAGUCUUGUUUGUGUGGAUGGACGGUAUUAAGCAUGCUCGUUAUGUGUACAACGUGUAUGGCUUUAACGGAAAUGCACUCCCUGCUGUUGUCAUUAGCGACCCCAAGAACACACAAUUCUUUGCUAAGAACAUCGAUGGAGAAGCUUUGGACCUUGUGCAAACCGAUGAAAUCGUUAAAGCUAUUGAUGAUGCCCAAUCUGGUCUUCUUAAAGCGAAAUCAACCGUUCCCUCUGGACAGCAUUUCGCAAAGUACAUUGAAAAGGCUAUGGUGGUUGCAGGAAAAUACUGGUUCAUCACUAUUCCUGCCAUCAUUGUUAGCAGCGGACUCUUGAUCAUUCCUUUGGUCAAGUCCGCUCAAGCCAGCGAUAAGCGCACUGAUCCCAAAUCCCAGUAAAUCCAUGUUUGUUUUAGAGCAUUUGUAUUGAUUAUUUGUUAUAUAGCUGAGGAUGAAUAGUUUAUGAAGUUCCUUGACAUUGCUUUUCUUUUUUCAAUUCAAUUAUUUACCAAUCAACCGCCUUAACUGACGUUGCAAUUGAUGUCCAAAG